CAGUUGUGGAUUCUGCGAUAAAAUGGAUGAAAAUACAUCUGAGCUUGAAUUUAGUGGGUUAAUUUCAUUUGAGUUCAGUGAAUCCGCAAAUGUCGAUGAGAUUUGUGGGGUUUUUUGAGACAUGGUCAUCCGCCGCAAUUGAUACCUUGCUUAAAAAUCCAUUGUUUACGCCUUAUUUAGAGUAUUAUUUUCUGUUUAUGUUUUUUAACAUUUUAUUUUUGUUUUGAUUUAUUUUUCAUCAUGCUAAUUUAUAGUACAAGAUGAAUAUUUAAAAAAUUUUCAUCUCUUUCUUUUAAUUUUCACGACAACGUAAAACCAAACACUAUAAAUUGACAAAAAAAUAAUCCCGGCCAAACAUGAAAAAUUGCAAAUUACUCUACAUAUUUCCAUCUAAUUCAUCCUGCUAAUCCUGGAUCGAACUACCAUUAUCAAAAUUCUUAUUGUUCAACGUCUGCGACGGCGACUGAAGAGAAAGCAGAGAUCAGUUUACAUUCGUCCCAUAUUUCUGAAGCGUGACAAUGACGGCGAACAGCAGUUGGUCAUGGAUCUUCGAGAUGACCCCUACUAUAAUUUCCGAUACUUUAGGAUGAGCAAAGAAAAUUUCGAUACCAUUUUGGACUUGGUGACCCCAAUGAUCUCGCAUCCGGCUAAUCACAUUCGUCCUAUAUCACCUCUUCAAAGAUUGGAUUGGCAAUAACAUUGAGGUACCUCGCCACAGGAAACUCUCAAAUUUCUCUUGCAAUGAGCUUCCGUGUAUCGCCUUCUUCUGUGUGCGGAAUUAUUAGAGAAACUCUUGCAGCAAUUAAUCAAGCAUUGAAGUCAGAUUAUUUGCCCACCCCCACCGCAUCUACUUGGAUAAAUAAUGAAAACCAAUUCAGAACAAAGUGGAAUUUUCCUCAUCCUUGUGGAUCAUUGGAUGGCAAACACAUCCGAAUCAAGUGUCCUUCGGCAUCGGGGUCCCUGUAUUUCAAUUACAAGACUUAUUUUUCAAUCGUCUUGAUGGCCCUGUCAGAUGCAGAUUUCAAGUUUACAGCCGUAGAUAUUGGGUCGUACGGAUCUGAGUCAGAUGGAGGAAUUCUGGCAAAAUCCCACAUUGGACGCAAGAUUUCCAGCGACACUUUCAACCUUCCAUCGCCACAACCACUAUCCAAUACUGGUACUCCUCUGCCCUAUGUUUUUCUAGGAGAUGACGCUUUUCCGCGGCGGCACAACUUGCUGAAACCAUACAAAGGAAACUUCCUGCAAAAGACGGACCGAGUCUUCAACUAUAGGCUUUCAAGAGCUCGAAUGACCGUUGAAAAUUCCUUUGGAAUAAUGGCUGCACGAUGGAGGAUUUUCCAUUCGGUGAUUGAAGCGGAUGUGGACCUCGUGAAGCAAAUUACGUUGUCGGCCGUAAUUUUACACAAUUAUCUAAUGAAUAAGAAAGACUUCAACAAUAUUACUCCUGAUCGAUUUGAGGAUGGAAGAGUUCAGCAUGGGAACUGGCGUGAUACUGUUCAGAAUGAUAACGGGAUGAUACAAAUACCAAGGCAAGGCACCAACAACUACACCCAGUAUUCAGCUCAGGUCAGGAACCACUUUCGAGACUAUUUUAAUAGUGAGGAUGGACCACUGAGCUGGCAAGAUCAUCAUGUUGACGCGGGGGGUAGAUGAUUUUCUAUUAUGUUGUAUUAUAUUGUUAUAAUCUUUUUGAGUGCAUUGAUUUGUAAAUUAUUUUGAGCAGUUUUUAUUUCACCACAUCUUGAAAUAAACUACAAAUACAAAUUUUGGAUAUGCAACAUA